UCCUCACUGAGACACAAGACCAAGCGCUUGCACUGAGACCAUGGAAGAUUUCAGGAUUCAGAGUGUGCUGUUGACUGGAAGCGACCGAGGGAUUGGCCUGGGUUUGGUGCAGGAGUUUGUGAAGCUGCCGCAUCCUCCUCAGCUCCUCUUUGCAACCUGCAGGCAUCCUGAGAGCCUUGAAGGACAGGUGUUAAAGGAAAUGGCUGCCAGAUGUUCAAAUGGUUCACGCCUGGUUGUACUGCAACUGGAUGUCACAGAUCCUCACAGUAUCGAAGCAGCUGCUGAGGAAGUAGAAAAGUAUCUCGCAGGACGUGGACUCAACCUGCUGAUAAACAACGCCGGCAUUGCUUGUGAAACCACUCUGGCUUCAGAGACGGCUCAGAGCAUGGCAGCUGUGUACGCCACCAACACCAUAGGGCCCUUGCAAGUGUGCCAGGCAUUCCUGCCUUUGCUGAAAAGGGCUGCCCGGAGGAGCAACUGCCUGGGGAUGAGCUGCAGUAAGGCAGCUGUCAUUAAUAUGUCCAGCAGCUAUGGCUCAAUUUCAGCUGUCGACGAGUGGGAAUGGCACCAAGACGUUGGCUACCGCUGCAGCAAGGCUGCUUUAAACAUGCUCACCAGGUGUCAAUCCCUGGGAUAUGGCCCCUGUGGGAUCCUGUGUGUUUCACUCCAUCCAGGAGGUGUGAAAACCUGUUUGGGAGCAGAGAAGGGGGUAUUGACCGUGGACAGCAGCGCAAGAGGAAUCCUGGAGGUCCUUUCCAGACUCUCUGCUAAGGACAAUGGGACAUUUUUAGACUGGAGAGGACAAACAGUUCCAUGGUGA